CCGGCGCGGGGACGGGCGGGCGGAGGCGGCAGAGCUCAGUGCGCUCGGGCUCGGCCGGCGACCGAGACCCGAGACCCCCGACCCCCGGCCCCCGACCUCCGGCUCCGACUCCAUCCUCGGACCCCGGCCCCGCCGCCGCCAUGACGGGACUCGCGCUGCUUUACUCCGGCCUGUCCGUGGCCUUCUGGAGCUGCGUGAUUGUCGUAGGAAUCUGCUACACAAUCUUUGACCUGGGCUUCCGCUUUGAUGUAGCCUGGUUCCUCACAGAGACAUCACCCUACAUGUGGUCCAACCUCGGCAUAGGACUGGCUAUCUCCCUGUCUGUGGUGGGAGCAGCCUGGGGCAUCUACAUCACAGGCUCAUCCAUCAUCGGUGGAGGGGUCAAGGCCCCCAGGAUCAAGACCAAGAACUUGGUAAGCAUCAUCUUCUGUGAGGCCGUGGCCAUCUACGGCAUCAUCAUGGCCAUUGUCAUCAGCAACAUGGCAGAGCCCUUCAGCGGUACCACCCCCAAAACCAUCGGAAGCCGGAACUACCACGCAGGCUAUUCCAUGUUCGGUGCUGGCCUCACUGUGGGCCUGUCCAACCUCUUCUGUGGCGUGUGCGUGGGCAUCGUGGGCAGUGGAGCUGCCCUGGCCGAUGCCCAGAACGCCAGCCUCUUCGUCAAGAUCCUCAUCGUGGAGAUCUUUGGCAGUGCCAUUGGCCUCUUUGGGGUCAUUGUGGCCAUCCUUCAGACUUCUAAAGUAAAAAUGGGAGACUAGGCCUGGAGCAGUGGGAGGGCCCUGCCCUGCUGUGACCUACUCUUAAUUUAUUGGUUUUCCUGGGGGGCCUGGCUGCCCCAGCCAGGGGAGCUGCCCCUCCCCUCGGUGUCCAUAUUGUGUCCCUCUGGCCCUCACUGCGAUCUGCCCUUCUGGAGUCCCUCAGAGGGGCAGGCCCUGGCCUCAGGGUUGGGAGGGCAUGUCCUCUGCCCCCCUGUCCUGCCCUCUGCCCCACCCCCACCUCAUCAGUGUUUGAAAUAAAGGUCUGUGUCCUGGGUUACCCCA